CGUGCCACGUUCGCCGCUUGCUGGUCUCUUAUCUCAGAAGAACGCGAUGCACAGCCGACCACAGUGCAGCAGGUCACUGCAUAGCAGGCGGCAGCCGAGCCUGCCGACCAGGGCCCACGGAAAGGUGAGGCAACAGAAUCCCAUUCCUCCGGCAAGGGUUCAGUUUCAUUGCGAUGCACACGGCAGCGCCUACGAGCACUGCGAGCCGCAUUGCAAUGAUGGCGCACGCAACGAGUUUCCCUGCUGCCGCCAACCAGCACCGCAGUGCAUGUCGACCCAUCCUAUCGAGACCUGCAGCUCGGAGACGUACAGCGACCCGUGUGUGCGCGAAGUUGGGGCGCCAUGUGCCCCAACUUGCCCACGUGCUUCAACAGGUCUGGCUGUUAUGGACAGCGAACCACCAGAGCCGGCUCCCAACAGGCCUGUCCCCAUCCUUGUGAGCGCUGCGCCAGUAGACCUGCCUGGCUCCGGCACUCUCGUCUGCGUCGUCUUCUUUCUCGCCGUGAUGUUCAUCGCGGCCAUAGUAGUCCAAAUAUACCUCAUGCACGUCAACUCCUACCCUGACCCCUUCCUGGCUAGAUUUCAAGACUACGAGAAAGUUGACUCGCCGCAGUAUCCGCAGGAUAAUUCGGCCGAGCGCAAAGAAAGCUCCAUGCCAACCGAGCCCACUGUUCCUUGGAAGGUGAAUCCUGGGUUCGGCUCGAGGCCGCACGGUUCCGUCUCGCGUCGUCCCCACGUCUACUCGAACGUCGGCAGAAGCACUCAGGCUGACGACGAUAGAUCGGUCGUUGGAGGACGCAAGCCGUCGGUGGCGCCUCCGCCGCAACUUCUUCGCGAUUACCCGCUGCUCCUUCGUCGCGACUACCAGGGUGAAAGCAAGUCUAUCUGCAUGUUCCACGCCACGAGCUCCGGUAGAACGCGCAAUGGCAUUCACUACAAGCCCUGGAAUUUCCCGUACCACCUCUGCACGCACGUCGUCUACUGCUGCGCCGGCAUCACGGCCGAGCUGGAGGUGAUUUCGCGCCACGUUGACAUAGACAUUAAUGAGGGAUUCAUCGCGUCCUUCACCGCGAUGAAAAUGAAGAACCCCUACCUGCGCGUCUACAUCGGCGUUGGCAGCGACGACAGGGACCGCACGGCCUUCGCCAAGAUUGUCGCCAGCGUCGGAAUGCGGCAGCAGUUUGCCCAGAACGCGGUGACGUGGAUGCGCCGUGCACAGUACGACGGCAUGGUCCUCUACUGGAAGUACCCUUUCAUGGAGCAGAAGGCGAAGCUGGUGGACACGAUGCGCUACCUGCGGCAGGCGCUUCAUGGCAUGGACCUGACCGUGGGCAUCGUGGUGCCGCUGGACGAGAUGCUGCGCGACCGCUUCAACGUGUCUGAGUUGUCGAGGUUGCUCGACGACUACACCAUCUUAAUCGACCCCAUCGACACCCAGGGAGGCUCGUACGACUCCACCUUCGUCCCUUUCAGGGACGGGACGGUGCGCAUGUAUGCCGGCGUCUUCAUGAGCACACUUCGUCACAGCAGCGCGGGUGAUGACAAGACGAACGACGGUCGCUUUCAGCUGUGCUACAUGUUUCCGGUGAACGCCGUUUCGUUUACGUUGGAACGGGCAGCCCAGACUGAGAUCAAUGCUCCGACCGUGGGCCCUGGGGAACCCGGACGGAGUACCGAGGUUCCGGGUGCCCUCGCCUACGACGAGGUCUGCUCUCAAACGUGGGAGAGCACGCGCCGUGUGAACUACGGCGUGGUGUCGACGCGCGGCAAUCAGUGGGUGGUGUACCAGAACCGGAGCUCCCUGCACGAGCUGAUGACGGCGUUGGGGUAUGUCACAGGCCCUGCCAAGUGUUUCGGAAUCUGGGACCCAUUUUGGGACGACUUCGCGGGAGCUUGCGGGGAGGGCCCGUACCCACUGACACGGGCCAUCUUCGCAAAAGUUGUUGGGCACAAGAUUCCCUUCAAGAAAAAAUCGAAUCUCGGGAACUUGCUUUAGGAACACUUCGGAGCGUACGACGUGGUAUUUUUGUUGUUAAUAUACGUAGCCUUUAUUGAAAACAAUAUUUAUUUUUCUGUAUGCGCAUGCGGCACGCCCUUGAUGCAGUAAGCCACUUGAAUCGAAUACAGUGCGUGCUAGGCUUGUAGUAAAAGAAACUAUAUACAUUCUCGUGGCAGUAGCUUGCUAAGGCAUGGCUAGCGCUUCACCAGCCAUAUGUGCAAUUCGCUUAGUAAUGCGAAAGUUCAGUCUAAAAUUUCAUUCAUGUGCAUGACUGACUACUGCAGGUGUGAGGGACGGCUACGGUUGAUGACCUACCUGCGAUAAUUGAAACUGCUUUGGACGCGCUUCAUAGGUAGUGCACCUUGAACCUUAAAACGCCAUUGUUGUGGAAUUCUUCAGCAUGUACCACCGAAAGCAGCGAAAUAAAUCGAAUGAAACUGAA